UUACUCGAGCGAGUUGAGAUUGUUGGGUAGGCUGAUAAAUUCACUUCGUUCAAAUCCAAAACCCGAGAAAGCCAAACAGAAAACUGUUCUUAGACAUGGAAAGCGUAUCAAGAUACAUAUCAGAUCGCUCUCCGACAUUGCCCAAGACAUGCUUUAAGGUUGUAUGGUUUGUAUUUAAAAAAAUGGAGACUUUACCGCUGGAAAUCUGCCUUAAGAUUUUCUGUUUCUUGGAUUACCAGGACCUUGCAAUUGCACAACAAGUUUGCAGGAAGUGGAAGUUCUUGGCCUCGGACAACAACCUAUGGUCCAAUCUAUUCAGGGAAAGAUGGGGAGGAGAUAGUGCUAUGUUCUAUGCCCCUAUAGGUUCAAAAUCAUGGAAAGAAGUGUAUGAGGUUCAAGAUCGUUGUCAUCGAGUUGGAUUGGGCCUGAAGAUAAUAAGAGAAGGUGGGGACUACUAUCUUGUUCAUCAAGGUGAAAUUCAACGCUAUUUGGGUUCAAGGAGACAAAGGAAAGGGGCAUCUGGUUGUACUUUAAACACAAAAAGAGAUUUCAAUGGUGAAGGAUCACAAGAAGAGCAAUCCUGUAGAGGGAUUUUGGACAAAAUACUUUUCUUCAUUGGGGAUUUGGAAGUUGCCUCGACAGAUGCAAAACGUGGCCGAGUGCUAUAAAUUGAUCUCAAGGUAUCAACUGACAAUGAAUUUGUUGUAAAAUAUCUGUAUGUAUUACAUAAUCUGGGACGUAUUAUGGACACUCCAAACAGAUUUGACAUCAGCAUGAACUUCAUUUUGCGUAGAA